CGACCAAUUUUCUGUCAGUCUUGCACUGUGCUUCGGCUGGAUUGUUACUCCGAGGCCUGGUCCGGCGUUGACGAACUUUUUGUUUUUCCUUUCGAUUUUCAGUUUUUCCCGUAUCCUGGCCACAGAAAAGCUUCAGUUUGGCGAAAGCGGCCCGCAGGCGUAUCGUCGAUAUGCAAGACUGACAGGACUGCUGGCGAAACAUAUUUUAAAAAAUUCUUAAGGAGGACAGCGAGGCUAAGCGGAUGAGUGAUGAGCGAAAAUGAUCAGUAAUGGUCGAAAUGCUGAAGACGAUUCAUCAACCCUUAAACCACUAGACUAGUGAUGUAUAAAGAAUGGUUUUAUCCAUCAGACAUUGGAAAGCGUAUAGAAGGGUACAUUCUUUGGCCCUUAUAGGGAUGUUGUCAUGACCCAACGUAACUUCCUUCUUUGCCUAGCCUUCCAUCUUACUGGUGUCGGCUAAAUUAAUUUUGUAGUUUAAAUAACUAUUGUUUUAUGCUGUAUUUAUUUUAUUUAACACAAAACAAACAAGUCUUUUUAAAAUAAAGGGAUCAAUUAUUUUUAUAAGAAAAUAUAUUUUUUUAUAAUAACAAAACAUAACAUACAUAUGUAAGUGUUUAUAUAUGGAAGAAGAAAUGUCAACAAUGAAUACAAAAAAAUCAGUGUGAUGGAAGCAUGGAAAGGUGUGGGGAAUUUGAGGCAAGCCCGGAGACCCUCACCCCGGAAAGCGUAGAUUCAACUAAAAAAGGAAAUCUAAACCGAAAUAGCAGUUUUGAACAUGAACAGAACUGUAAACCAAAGAGGACGCACGUCAGGACCGGGUCGGAUUUCUGGGCUCAGGUCGCCGAGCAGACAUCGUACAUUGACAGCACGAGGAGUUCACUUUUAGUUGAUGUUCCUUCCGUACAAUCUCACCUAAAAACACCAAGAACAGGAUAUGCGGGUUCAUGUUCAACACCUUCACUCUCUUUACCCUCUGUACCCUUAGCACGGCCAACCUCGUUACACCACAGAUACAGUGUGAGGGAUACCAAAAAACAUGCCAAAAUCACUAGAUUCUACAGCCAUGACCAUAACACUUUAGCUCGAGGACAUGAACUAAAAGUUAUACAAAGCCAUCCACCUAAUUCGGACGAAUCAAGAUCUUCCUUGGCCGCAAUAUGGGCGGCUGUAGACAAUAACAAUCAGAAAUUUAAAAAGCCUAUUGGUAGAAAACCCAGUUCUUGGGAGGAAAGUGUAUCUCUUCAACGGAGACGGAGCCUUGCAGCGAGGGACACUGGCAAACUUGGUGGAAACACAAAAGAAAUCCCGUUGCCGAUUUCAUCCCUUGCAGGCUUAGAUACAAAAGAUGUGAGAUACUGUUUCCAGCACCCUUACCUUCGCCUAUUCACGACUCUUCUUGUUAUAUUUUGCAACUUUUUACUUUUCGCAGAAGACCCCAUUUCGCACAGUCACACAGAAUCGGUGAUACCUUUAGUGGGGAACGUGUUUAGCUUUGUUUGUACAAAAUAUCCGCCAGACUGGAGAUGGGCUUUAAUCAAGGUUUUAAUGUGGACUUUCGCUAUAUUCUGUGGACUGAUUAUCGGCAAAUUGUUUAUUCAUAGUAUGCUUUUUGGAAAAUAUCUCAGACUGAAAAUGUUCAGAGAUGAACAGGGGUCCUGGAUGGCAAUGUCUCUGACAGUGAUCCUAUCGCUUUAUUUAUUUUCUUUUGUUUACAAUUUCAUACUUGAAAUAUUCUACAACAAACUUAAUUAUACGAUUGAUAGCCGUAUGGGACUUUCAAAUUCUACUGUGAUGAAAGCCGCUGCUUGUGGCACUUGGCUCGGCGAUUUGAUCACAUGGCUCAUGGUCACCGACGUCAUGCUGCAAGAUUCUUUGUAUCCAGACUGGGCCCCUGCUCUUCGCAGGAUCUGGCGCAAGACGAACAUCCCUCGGAUACUUAUAUUUUGGGUCGGUUCUGCUCUCUGUACUGCGUUUGUUGUCACGUUAAUUGUCUCAGAUAUUAUUUCUUGGGAUACACUGAAUCAAGACUUUGUCGCUAGUACAGAACUUUCGAGGGCUUUCCUAGCUUCAUUUAUAUUAGUACUAGAUUUAGUGAUAAUGAUGCAAGACUGGGAUUUCCCUCAUUUCACCACAACUGUCCAUAUAAAUUUGCCAGGAUUUUCUGUGGCGACCCUCGAAUGGAAAUACGCUGAAGUAAAUCUGACAGGAAAGUGGUUCAGUUAUGGUGUCAUAUUCAUGGUGAUGAUGUUGGAUCUUAACAUGUGGAAAAAUCAAAUAUUUUACAACCCUAGUAAAUUCGGCCAAUAUGUUGGGCCGCAUAAUAAAAUACACACGAUCCUUGAUCCUGUCCUACUCCAAACAGGAAAUGCGUCGCUUUGGACAAUCGAAGAAAGGUCCAAAAUUAAUGAGACGACAAAACUGCCAUAUUCAGCAAGUGAUAUGAAGAUGAAUUCGAGAUACAUGGGUUAUCCUUUGAUAAUCAAAUGCACUGCAUUUAUACCUUCCAUUUUGACAUUGAGUCUAUUCCUGUGGAUCAUCUACCUCUACGGUCGAUUUCCAAAUAAGAAUAAACCAGUGUCCAGCGAAGAAAAAGAAAUUGACCUCAACUCCGAAGAUGGAAUCACUGUGUAGGACACAAUGAUUACAACGAUUAUUUUAUUUUGUUUUUAAAAUAAGACAUAACGCUAAUGCCGAUAAAAAUAAUACACAAUAUUCAUCGAGACAUGUUCUGAAAAUAAAACAAUAUAAUUAUUUUCCAAUUUUUGAAUCUGGCCUGGAGUAAUGGCGGUUGAAACAAUUUUGCAUUUACACAGUUGCUCAGAGCACAAGGUCACUAAACUAUUACCAUAAGAAUUAUCAAAUAAGAGAAUAAUUUUUUAAAACUUUUCUACAAAAAUCAUAUUUAUCGCCAAUAUGCAGUCAAUUUCUAAAUAUCUUCAUCACUUCACGGGACACGACUAAGUUUUUACUUUCUAAUGCGUUUAUAUGUAUAAUUAAAAAAUAAAAUAAAAUUCCUAUGGAAUUAAUUAAGGUAAAACAAGUCGGUAGAAGUAAUUUAAGCAUUUUGAAAAUAACUUGUUCAGAGUACACAAACUUACACGGGAUAACAUAUAAUAAUGUUUGACAGUUUCUGUUUGAUUACUUUGUUUUUAUAAUAUUACAAAUAUUCUGUCAAUGAGAUAUUUCAGGCUGUCUUCCUUAAAUUUUAUCUUGCCUUAUCUUCCUUUUCUGUGCUAUGCUUCCUUGUACCAUUUGCCUUCAUAAUUAUUAUGGGAUACAAUUUUCAUUUUUAGUUAGAUAUAUUGUAAAAAAAAAAUACUUUGAUGUAUCUCCAAAAUAUGAUAAAAAAAUAAACAUAAUAUGUUCUUAGGCUAAUUACUUGAUCUCAACACUUAAGAUUGUACAAUUUUUUUUUUUUAAAUUUGUAGAAGGCGUUUCUUAAUGAAAAUUGACACUGUUCUGCAGUAAGUUGUAAUUAAUAAAAUUUGAAUGACAUGUAUGUACUUUUAAAAUGUAUAUUGAUCAUUUCUAUGAAAAAUAUUUGUGAGAAGAAACUCAACAAAAACAGAUUUCUGUAUUGUGUUUAUGAACUUAUACACAACUAACUAGUCCAAUGUAUCAAAGAAGGCAGCGUAUUUGUUGUAGAUUAGUUUUUUGUAAGUGCAAAAUGUUGAGCCAAUAUUUUUUUAAUUUUUCAAUUAAAAGCUGCCAGAAUUGUUUUGCUCCAUGUCCUCCAAUUAUUUUAGUCUGUUUUAAUUUAAAAAAUAAUGGAUAAAAUGAGUGAGAUCCAUUUUGGUUAUGUGAAGUCAGUGUGAAGCUUGGUACGCUAGGUUAAAAUAAAAUAAAUCAAAACAGAACUAGUUAUGAGAAAGCUUUUAACUUUUUCCAAGCUUUUGUAGACAAUAUUAUUGAUAAAAUUUCAGUUGUGUGUGUAUUAUCUGAUGAAUCUUAAAAAACAAAAUAAUUAAUAAAUGUUUUACUUAUAUGUAUAUUUUUUUAAUAAAGUAAUAUUUAAAAUGUCAAAUUAGAUGUAACGAAAGUUACCAAUUUAUGUAUAUUGGCCAUUUUAUCUCAUGUGAUCUGUACCUGAGAGUUUAUCCUUUUUUUUUUUUUUUUAAAGUACUUAUUAAAAGGUACAGCAGUGGUUAAUCCAUAUAUUUUUAUUGAAUUUUACAGAAAAUAUAUUCUUUUUUUAAACGUAAUAUAUUUUAAAGUGCAAUAUACAAAAUUUGUUUAAAUAAAACAAAGAUCAUACAAAUAUUACUUUAUUCUGACUAUAUUCAUUCUAUUUUUACUUAAUGUCGGCUGUGCUUUAGAGAACAAGAUUUUGUAAACUCUUUUUGUAAAUAUUCGCUUGGCAAUUUAAUGUUCCUUGAGGCCGUUCAUUGUGUAUUAUCAAAAAUUUAUAUUUAGUUGGUAAUUUUUUGUUUAUAUUAUAUUUGUUUAUUUAUUAUUUUUACUACUUAUUGUACUUAAAGUUUUCAGUUUUGAAAGCAUAGAAAAUUCAUUUCUUUUCUUUCUAAUAUUCUUGAAAUCAGUUUAUCGUUUGUACAGAACGAGGGAGGACCAAUCUACAAAAGAAGAUAAGUAAAAAUAUGUUGUAUAACUAUUUAAUAUGUAGCAAUAGAGUUACAUUAUUGUUUGUUAGUUGUUGUCAGAGUCUACAGUACAAUAAUGUUACAAAAAAAAAAAAAAAAAGAAAAACAAAGAAAAAAUAUUUUUGAUGUAGUCAUAAAUAAGGACAUGCCUCAAAGUGUCCUUAGGUGAACAGAAAUUCACUAGGCCGUAAUCAAAUUGCAGUUUUUGGCAGAAAUGUAAAAGUGUGAGAGAAAAUGUAUUUUAGACAUGAGAGGAAACUCUUGUUUUGAUCAAAGUGAAAUGUAUAAUCAUAUAUAAUGUAAAAUUAAUGCUGAUGAUGUGCACAAUAAACGAUUAAUAAAA